AUGUCGCUGUAUAGCCUCUCUAGCACUCUCACCUGGCUGUCCAACAGCGACUCUAAAACCACUUCCCACGGGCUUCAUUCGCGCAGGCCCUCCCCCUCCACGACCCGACUGAUGAGCGCCAACAAGAGCGGUGCCGCCGCCACCACCACCACCCAUUCACACGGACCUGCCGGUGAUGCAACGGCCGAUCUCACGCUGGCCCGCGCCGAGAGCAUGAGUACCACCGAUUACGAGAUUGGCCUCGGCCCGGCUGCUGCGGCAGGCGCCUCCAGCACCUCCCUGACCUCCUCCGAGCUGCAGCGCAGCGUGUCACUGACCGAAGUCUUCUACGAAUUCGCCACGUCCCCUAAUCCAAUAAACGUGGACGCCGACGUGCACGGCGGCGGUGCGAGCGACCGAAGCAAGGCCACCGCGGAGGCAAAGGACGCCAGCACAAAACACCACAGGGGCGGUACAGCGACCUACCACGACAACAGCAGCAGCACAGGCACCACCGCGUCUAGCAUUCGGCUGUUGGUGGAGAGCUUUUCUGAGCAACGCACACCAGCACAGCCUAUACAGCAACCAUCGCCAACGGAGCAACACCGUAUGGAGAUGACGACGGCGGCGACGAUGAUGACCGCCCCGUCGACGGCACCCCCUUCGCAGCCUAUCGCGACGGCGGUCCGGCACGGUAGCUUCUCCGCCCCUCUCUGCUCCCCGCUGGGUUUGCUAGAGUCGGAUGGAAAAGGUAACUACUACUACUUCCAGCCGUUGCUCGCGUCUGUUGGGCAGGGAGGGGCGGCUUCUUCAUUUCCGUCUCUCCCUGAGAGGCCAAACGAUGUGCCGGAACAGCGCCAGCCGGAAGAGGAGCGCCUUGAUGAGCUGCCACGUGUGUGGGGGCGUCAUUCCCCUGCACCGCCACCAACUCGGCCCGCCACCUUCCCAGUCGUCCGCCUUCACCUACUCAGCGGUACCAAUCACCACAGCAAAACAGACGCGGUGCACACACAACCGCAGCCCCUCCUUCCCCCGCAGUCGAAUGCGGAAUACAUGACGCCCCUCGCACGGAUUCACGGAAGGCAAAAACGGAAAGCAGUACCGCCACGACCUGCACCGGUUGCGGACGAUCCGACGUCAUCGCAGUCAUCGUCCAUGCGCACCGUCGACGUAACUGCGCCACAAGCGCGGGCCGAACGGUGCACGGAGCCGGAGAUUCAGGUCGUGCCAACGGUGGUUGCCUUGCGCCGUCUGCUGCGACGCCUGCGGCCCAUCGCCCUGUCUCGUGGUGCCGCGCCGCGGUCGUUGAAAGCGCCCGCAUCGAAGCACGCACCCUCCACGCUGCGCAGCGGGCAGGUGAUGGCCACAAGGGUCUCUACGCUGCACAGCUCCAUUCUCCAAUCCUCCUCGCGCGUCCAGCACUCGCUUUCGCGGAACAGCUUUUCCGACCCUUCCAUGCAUUCCGCUGUGCAGGCUGGUGAGCGAGGGCCACGCAGUCCGCUUUCUUCGUCCAGGUGCGAUGCGCAUUGUGUGGGGCGCCGCCUUUUUCUUAAAAGAACGAAGACGUCCUCCAUGGUGUGCAGCACGCGCACGGUGCACCCACACGCGCAGCACGCCGUCUACGAAGCCCGCCUCUGCGCCGCCCCUCACGCCGGUGCCUCUCCGCUUUCGGCGACGGCGAUCGCACGUCUGGAGUCGAAUAGCGAUGGCGUUCACAGCACCGAAGGGGGAGGGGGAGAACAGGAGGAACCCGCUGCGCUCAGCUUGGUGGACUCACUGACGAUGCGAAACACGAACGGCCAACCCUCGCUCCACGAGAGCGUUGCGACGGUGGACACCAUCGUUGAGGCCAACCCACGCACACCAGCAACGGCGAGGCGUGCGAUACCGCUAGCUCCGUCCGCCCCACCUCGGCAGUCCAGCUCAGCGGCGUGCAGGACGCGUCGCCCGUCACUCCCCGCUGAUGCAGCCCUCACACCCACUGCCGCUGACGCUCGAGAGGAGAUCGCGCCCAAAGCGGCACGGCAGGAGUCUGAAAUGGCGACUAAGGACGAGGAGGGGUACGAUACUCGUGCGAACCUGCGUGAGCUGACAAGGGAUAUUGGGAGGGAGUAUGACCUCAUGGCCGCGUCGUUUGCGGAGACACUCUCCGCCUCGCCCGCCUCUCCCUCGCAGGAACGCCACCGAGCCAACACGGAGGAAGCGUCGUCGUCGGUCGUGCCGAACAACGCGUGCAUUUACGUGCACCCGCGACCGCCGCCUUCGUCCCAGCGCUUCGCCUCUGUGUCUCGCCCCGUCGCAGCGGACGCGGUGAUGGUGCAGAACAACGAUGAUGCAGCCGACGCAGCGGCAUCGUCGGUGACGCCGUUCCACAUCUCGCUCGGCGCGACCUCCCCUCGCGCCGAUCAGCCCAACCUCAAGCGCUACCCGUCGCACAUCACCCCUGUGUCUCUGCCGACGGCAAUCAAAGCCGCUGCCCCGGCGUUCACCGACACCGCGCCAACGCCGAGCAAGAAGUUUUCAAAGAAGUCGAAGUUAGGCCUGGCGGGUGCGCUGGCCGGGCCAGGCACCGCCGUCAUCGCGCCUCGUGUGUGUACCGCGCCGAAACCGAAGCAAAAGUCGCCGAUCGCGCCGCCCGCCACCGCAGCCAUCCAACCAGCGGCCGUCCUUUUGCCGUCGUGCGAUGCGCCGUCUCAGCGGGGCGUCGGUGUGGUGGACUCGAUACCGAUGCUGCGUCAGCGCAUGUCGUCGCGUGAGCAGCAGCAGCAGCAGCAGCGGCGUGAGAAUCAUGCGAAUAAGGUCCAUCAGAGCAGACCGACGCCUCAGACGGUACGAGAAAGUAUUCCAACUAAGCAGAUGGCGACCACGACAGUUGGAGACCCGCCUACCCCGCCGCCUCCCCACUACCCGCAAGGGGUCUCCGUCGUCAGCGACGACGCAUCCGUCCUGCAAACCUCGCCGAAUGACUCGUCUUACGAUCCGUCACAGGCAUCACUGGAGUGGAAAGACAGGCCCGUGCCGAUCCUCCCCCGCAGCCUCAUUGCCCGCAACACACACCAGUCCGGUUAUAGCGAGCACGUGAGCUCCUCCGUCUUGACGGUGCAUCACUGCCACCACCGCUAA